AUGAACAUUACCAUCUCAGUUCCGUCGGGAACCGUCAAUCACGGCGACCCAAGACUCAUUUGCACCCCUCCAAUCUGGACCGACUUCGUCAUCUUCUACGCAACGAAUUAUUUCGUCCACGCCCUGACACUCCCCAGCCGGCCCGGCGAGUCCGUCCUUGAGACCUGCUUCACCGUCAUCACGGCACUAUUCCUCCCAAGCACCGGCUCCCUGCGAGCCGCCCGCUGGCUUCUUUCUCACGCAGGAACCGUCAGACGCGACGAACUCAGCCGGGCCACCAGGGCUGGCGCACUAUGCAUGAUCGUCGACGAGACUGAGAGGUCCAAGGUCUCGUGGAUCGAGGCAUCCUUGAGGAGGAUGAACUUUCAAAGGGCGCGAAGCUGGUACGAUACUCCCACCCCCUCCUGGUAUCGGUCUCGCUUUCGAGGCGCCGGCCGUUGGGUCCACUCGUCCCGGACCAUCCAUGGGACUUGUGUUCUACCCAAGGGGUUCAUUCUGGUCGAGGUGCCCGUCGGUACGCCACUGAUGCCGCCGCCAGGCUCGGGGGCCAGCCACCUUGACCGCUCAAACAUUCAGUUGGGCAGCACUUACAACAUACCAAAGGCGCUGUUCGCCCUGGGCCAGGCCGCCUGGGGUAUCACGACUGUCUACCGGACCCAAGGUGACCAGCUUGACAGGUAUGGCUACGCGGCUUUCGGCGUGACUGUGGCCCCAUAUGCCUUCAUGUCUCUGGUCAACUUGAUUGCGCUCAUCGUCACUCCCGAGUACAACUGCAUCUACCUGGUUCACACACCAGACCUCGACAAAGCGAGAAGACGAGGCGGCAGGUUCUGCGGCAUGGUCGCAAGCGUCGACCUCGAUAGCAUCAAGGAGCCGUUGAGGACAUUCUGGCCCUCUCAAGCAGCCCACACCUCGUACUUUGCCGUCACGACGGUUCUUUUGUUGUUCCCGGCAGUCCUCGUCGCCGCUGUGACCGGGUUCAAUCCGGGCCGCAGCACCGUUUACCAGCGGGUAUGGAUCCUCUGCUGGAUCGCCUUUGGCAUCGUCAUGGGCCCCAUCAUCAGGAUGCUCACCGUGUUUCCUUCUGAGAUCCACGGCGUGUACAGGAUUCGCGCGAACGACGCGAUAGCGUACGCGCUCGACAACGCCACGUUCAUGCAGAGAGUGAUCGACUGGCUGGUUGCGAAAUAUUUCCGCCUGAUCGAGACUUCGUUCUAUGUGUAUGUCGUUCUUGGGGCCGCGAUCUGCUUCACGCCUGCCAUAGGAGGCAUGGUUGUGGUUGGCGAGAUGCUACAGGAGUUUGGUGUAUGUAGACGUCUCGACAGGUAG